GUGUGUUUAAUUUUUAACGUGUUAUCUGCGUUGACUAUGUUCAUUAUUGUUCUAUGCUCUGUCGUCAUAUAGGAGUCAUGUCAUGUUAUAUAUGUAAUUAAUGUAAGUAGGAGUAGGAGUUUCACAAAUAAUUGAUAUCCUCUCAGUUUUACAAAUGUUCGUAUUCAAUUGUUGAAACUCUUGAUAAGAAAAUAGAUCAUUUCUUUAACAAAUAAGUAUGACUUCUAUUAACGAAGUUAGUUCAUUACCUAAAACAAAGAAACCUUCUGACAGUGCAUUUAAGCAGCAACGUUUACCUGCUUGGCAACCAAUACUUACAGCUGGGACUGUUUUACCAACAUUUUUUGUGAUUGGGAUUGCUUUUAUACCAGUUGGAGUUGGAUUGCUUUAUUUUUCUGAUCAAGUUAAAGAAUACAUUUUAGAUUAUACAGAUUGUAAUUCUACAAAUAUCUUUCGUGCAAAAGGAAUGCCUGUUAAAUGUGCGGAUAUUAUAGCAGAAGGUCAUAGUCAACCUUGUUAUUGUAAAAUAAAUUUUAGUUUGCCUUCUGACUUCAAUGGAAAAAUUUAUAUGUAUUAUGGUUUGACUAAUUUUUAUCAGAAUCACAGACGAUAUGUAAAAUCAAGAGAUGAUAAUCAACUGUUAGGAAAAUUGAGUCCUGAUGUCUCUGGGGAUUGUGAACCAUUUGCUUAUGUUGGAGAAACACCUAUUGUACCAUGUGGUGCUAUUGCUAACUCAUUAUUUAGUGAUGAUUUAACAUUAUUUUCUUUAAAACACAAAGCUCCUGUACCAUUAUUGAAGACUGGUAUAGCUUGGCCUUCAGAUAAAAAUAUUAAAUUUAGAAAUCCAGAGGGUAACUUAAGAGAAGUAUUUAAGAAUUUUACAAAACCAAAAAAUUGGGAUAAAUAUAUUUAUGAGUUAGAUAAUGAAAAUGAAAGCAAUAAUGGUUUUCAAAAUGAAGACUUGAUUGUUUGGAUGAGAACUGCUGCUUUGCCUACUUUUAGAAAACUUUACCGCAGAGUAAAUCAUACAGUAGAUGGCUUCACUGAAGGUCUAGUAGCAGGGAAUUAUACACUUACUGUUAAUUAUACAUAUCCUGUGUCUGCCUUUGAUGGCAGAAAAAGAAUGAUUUUAAGCACUACUUCUCUUCUUGGUGGAAAGAAUCCUUUUCUUGGCAUUGCUUAUAUAGUUGUAGGAUGUAUUUGUUUGUUGUUAGGCAUUACAUUAUUAAUAAUACACAUCAAAUGUUCUAAAAGCAAACUAAUGUAAAGAUGACUGCAACAAAGUAUGCUUAGGGCACCGUAAUUGUUCUUUGUAACAGAGAUGAUAAAUGUGACUCCAAAUACACCAUAUCAAGAAUAAUUAUACAUAGUUGUUAUAAAAAUUGAAGAACAUUCUGGAUAUUCUGCAUUUAAUUUGUAAGUGUCAAUAUAAAAUAAUUCAGUUUAACUAUAAGAUGUAUAUUUAAUAAAAAUUGUUUAUUAAUUCA